GCUUCAUUUAUUGAUUUAUUAUAUGCUAGAGGACACUGUUGCAUAAACAUUUAUGUUACCUGUCAGUGUUGCUUAUUGUCAUCAAAAGGUCUUUUGAGACUGUGUCAUAUUUAUGAGGAUAACUGGGAAAUGGAUUAAAUUUUGACGAAGAUUAUAUUGUUAACCAUUUUUAGAAUGUCAAAUAUGUUACUUACAGUCAUACUAAUCUGCUCUAUAUUAAGCAUAACAGCAGCUACUAGUGCCACAGCAACAGCGACUACUGGUACCACAGCAGCAGCAACUACUGGUACCACAGCAGCAGCAACCACUGGUACCACAGCAGCAGCAACCACUGGUACCACAGCAGCAGCAACCACUGGUACCACAGCAGCAGCAGCAGCAACUACUGGUACCACAGCAGCAGCAACCACUGGUACCACAGCAGCAGCAGCAGCAACUACUGGUACCACAGCAGCACCAGCAACUACUGGUACCACAGCAGCAGCAGCAACUACUGGUACCACACCAGCAGCGGCUACUGGUACCACAGCAGCAGCGACUGCUGGUACCACAGCAGCAGGAACUACUAGUACCACAGCAGCAGGAACAACUGGUACCACAGCAGCAGCAACUACUGGUACCACAGCAGCAGCAACUACUGGUACCACAGCAGCAGCAACUACUGGUACCACAGCAGCAGCAACUACUGGUACCACAGCAGCAGCAACUACUGGUACCACAGCACCAGCAACUACUGGUACCACAGCACCAGCAACUACUGGUACCACAGCACCAGCAACUACUGGUAGCACAGCACCAGCAACUACUGGUACCACAGCAGCAGCAGCAGCAACUACUGGUACCACAGCAGCAGCAACCACUGGUACCACAGCAGCAGCAGCAGCAACUACUGGUACCACAGCAGCACCAGCAACUACUGGUACCACAGCAGCACCAGCAACUACUGGUAGCACAGCACCAGCAACUACUGGUACCACCGGAGCAGCUGCUGGGAUACUAUGUUACAACAUAACCUGCACUGGUACAGACUGCCUUUCAAUAAACAUUACGACAUCUACUCCUACCUGUAUCAAGCCAGCAGAAGGAUCUUGUUUUGCUUCUAUUGAAGGCGAGGUAAUUACGGUGGGUUGUAAAAGUAAUGUAUGCACAUGGAGCAGUAUUAGUGGAUCAAGUGGAGUUAAUAUAAUAACAAACUGUUGUACUACAAAUAAAUGUAACGGUGUGAAGGAUCUUCUAAACAAUUUAGCUACAUCUGUUGGUGUCAACAUUUUUGUCCUUAUUAUCACAGUUGGAAUCCAGCUUUAUUUAACUAUCUCAUAACUUGGCACACACUACAGAUCUAUAUUUCGUUUCGCUUUCGUCAUUCCGGUGGCAUAGAUUUAAUGAAUUUUCUUGAGCGUUCACUUCAGGGUGUCGGCCUUCUAUCUGACGUUGUUUUGCUUUCAUUUGCCAAUUUCUUAUAUUAUACACAAUGCGACUUCGGGGUUUGUUUUUGAAAAAACGACAAGAAAAAAGAAAAUUUUUUUUAAAAAUAAUUCAGAUCUUUCAUGCGUGAAGGCAAAACUCAAACUAUAUAUAACAGAAACGAAAUUAAGAAAUUGUAUAUUUUAUUAAUUUUGGCUCAACUAUGGUCCUUAGCACCUCGCUUAUAGUACUUACUUUAAUUGAUCAGGACAAAUAUCAAUUUUAGGUUAGCAUCCGAGUAGUCCAGGUCGUUGUUUACAUCAAAGUGUUUACCAUUUGAUCAAAAAAAACAAAAAAAACAAAAAACAAACAAAAACAUACUUUUUUAAACAAACUAUUUUAUUUCUGUUAUAAGCUAGGUGCACGGAACAUAUUUAUUAUAUUUAUUUUCACAUUUCCGUCCAAAUAACUACUGGGGUCAUUACUUUAGCCAAUUCAGUGCGUGCCCUUAUCGGUUGUUCGGUCCAAAAGAAGACGAUGUCUUUGUAAACUAACUCAGUUAACUUUACGCUGUACGUUUUUUUUACUAAAUGAGCCUAUGUAUAGACAUAUUAUUUAUCAGCAUUUGUGGAGAUAUAUUUUAAUUUCUCAUAUAUGGCCCAUUUAGUAAAAUGCAGCGGAGCGAUAACAUGUAUUGUCAAGUUUACAAUUAAGUCAUAAACUGUAUGCCUAUGACCCGUAAUCACAUGCUCAAAGAUGGUAUAAAAUUUACUGUGAUAUUGUGCCUUUAUUAUAACCCUUAGCACCUAAUACAUUUAAAUAUUGACCACCCCAAUCCCUGAGAAAUAUGAGAAAAAGGUGAGUUUUGUAAUACAUUUCCACACGAAACUUCUGCCCCAUGGACCGCCUAGGCUCUAAAAUGCUUAAUAACUAUUUACGUGACUCGGGCCGUUUAAUGCGCCAUAAAAAGGUUGCGAAUGGGGGCUGUGGAGAUAGUUCAUGUCGGACAAUGGGUUAAUAAUUUUAACACUAUCGUUCGCCUUUUAAAUGUAUCAAUUUAACCUUAUAAACACCACCCUUUGACUUUUAUUUUGCUAAAGCCUAGCCCGCAACCCGUCGUACGUGCUACUACGGGGGUGGGGGGGGGGGGUAGUAAACCCGUGCUUGAGACGUACACAUUACUUGCGUGUGUUCAGCACCGUAGAAGAUCGCACACUGGCCGUAGAGACUUUUGGUCCUGCACAUACAAAAUUUUCGCCCGCUUUCUUGCGGCUGGUCUGCGAGCUACAAAGUCAUACGACCGGUGCGUGGCAAAACACGUACGGUGGGUUGCGAGCUAGGUUUUAAUACAUGAUGGGAUUGUGAAUGUAUAAUUGAUUUAAUUAUUUUAUUUACUUUAUUUACUAACCUUAAAAAUGGACGAUUUAAGUAUUAUUUAUCAUAAUACGACUAUUAGAAUACAAAUACACCGCACGCAGUUGUAUGGACUACUGUUUAUUACUGGUCGACGUUUCGACUUUGCAUCAACUUAGUUUACGGUUACCAAUUAGAGACGUAAUAAGGACUAGGGUAUUUUAAUCUAAAACAGUAAUUUUAUUUCAUAGGAUGUGUCCAGUUUAUAUAUAUUGAUGUAACUUAAUUAAUGCAUUGUUUCAUUAUACGUUUCUGUUUUAAGUCGUACGCUUGUAUUUAUGUAGGUUAGUUUUGCUCGGACCAAUACGACGACCGCAACUUACAAAUAAUCAGUUUAUUGCGUUAACGCCGCUGGUCGUCAUUUUGGAGAUUUUAAAUCCUUUGCAAUAUUUGGAACUAUUUGAAAAGUUGAUUCUCUAAGAUGAAUAUCAAUACAAAACUGGUUCACGCAUUUUACAGUGGAUGAUCAACGACUUUAAUAAUUAAUAUUUUAACAACCGUGAAGGAUGAAAUAGAUCCAUCAUUCUCAGCAGGAUUUAUAAAAAGUAAAACAAUACCUUUAAAGUGUGACAUAUCGUCAAUAUUAAGUGCAGGAGGACCGCACUACAUGAGACAAACCUGCGGACAAGACAAACUACAUAGACAUUCCAAGCAAUAACAAGAAACAUAUCAAAUCAAGUGAAUAGUUCCGGGAACCAGUCCUAUGCGUCCAUUGCGCUGUACAGUCCCAAUGGUAUUAACUUCACUUUGGAAAUGGAACGUUAUGGGCAUCUGUUACGUACAUAAAAUAGAGAUUUUAACAUGAAUGUAUGAGUCACUGUAUGUAUUGUAAUAUAAAGUUCUAGUAAAGGGAACACGUAAAUUAAAGUGGCGGUCACCUAUGGUGGUAGAUUACAUUCGUUUCUCACCCACAAUCAGUCAAAGGUGUCUUUGCAAAUGAUUAGUGUGUAUCAUAAUCUUUCAGAAAAUUAAUACCUCCGUCAAUGUCAUCGAGGUCAUGAUUAUACUAUUUUUGAAAGUCAAAUACACAAUACGUAUAUCAAUUACAGUGUAAUACGGUUUCGAUAGUGAUGCAUAUUUUAAAGUUUGUUAUAAACUGCCACUUUUGACAUCUGUUCCAUCUUUGCUGCCCUAUGACUUUGAUGAUGUACUGACAGUCAGCCUGGUAAAUGCAGAGGCUGGUAUUCCAUUCAUUUCCACUUUAAUAAACAUAUACGUUUUAUCUUUAAAUCUCCCUGUGUUCAAAGAUGUAAAUGAAACAGGUAGUAUAUUUUAUUGUGAACAUAUGAAGAAUCCCCAUAACCACGUUAAUGUUUGUAAUAUACAAGUUAAAAUGUGAAUACCAGUACAAAAUCUGUAUUUUAAUAAGAUUGAUUGGCGAAGGGCUAAAACGCCAGGCCGACCAUAUGAUGUACGGAGAUAGAUGGGCUUAAUAGUAUUAUAAUUUAUAAACACUCGUAGGUGUGUAAUAAUAUCAGUAAUACUAUUAAAGACUUUAUUGGAAUCCUUGUAUUUCAUUCAUUAUGAUAGACAUAUUGUAUUUCACUCAAAAUUGUCAUGUGUGAGAAAGUGCCGAGAUCUAAGCAGUGAUACAUAAAAAGCAGAAUAGACUCAGCCUUUCAAAGAUUAUAUCCAUGUCAGUUCAGUUUUGUGUUUGAUGAACAUCCACAAUGCAGUCAAAUUUUUUAUACUUUAUAUUUCUUUUCGUACUGGACAAUGAAUUUAAAAAAAAUCGUCCAUUUACCUAAAACGAUUUGUAAAUAUGUAAAUUAGAAUAUUGUUAUAUAUUUGAGACUAAUAAAUCCACAGC